AAGACCUCGUUGUUUGAUUCGAAAGGAGACUUGAUGAACAAAUCUUCUCAUGGACUGUGGAUCGACAUUGGCAACUACACUUAUCUUUUUGGGAACAAACCGGUUUUUUCAGUUAAUCUUAAAAACAAUUUAAUAAAAAAAUAACAUUUCACAGAUGUCUUGGCUAUCCAACUACCUUUAUUGCUGUGCUUUGGGAAUGGAAACACUCAACAUUGACAAUGCGGCUGAGCAACUGGGCCUCACAGGCAUGACCCUCGGCAAAAAUUCAAACAACUGGAAGGCGAAUUUUAACUACUGGACUGCCGGCACGAAAAAGGGAUCUUCAGAGUUUUCAUGGUGCGAGCCCACGGGCCCGACAAUUUUCGACCAGGGGCUCUCUUGGGAGGCCGGCCAGCCCGACAACGCCGCUGGAAACGAGAGUUGUGUUCACUUUCGCUUCAUUUUGAAUUCAACGGGAACCGUCAUGACCGAUAGAAACUGCAAUAGCAAAUUCAUUUUCGCGUGCAAGGCUCAACGCAUUACGCCUACUAAAACGUGCGAAGCUUCAUGCCCUGCUAAAACUUGCACGAAAGAUGCGAGUCUCUUUAACGCUUCCAGCGGCUAUCUCUUAGACUACACGUAUUUUGGCGAUUGGUACGAUGGGUGCGGCCGCUUCCUUUUAACAUACCUCGCCAAGACAUCUGACUGGACGGCUGCUCGGGAUAAUUGUUGCGCUGUUGGAAUGAAUCUGGCUUCCAUUGAGUCUGCGGGAAAACUAAAAUGCGUUUCCAGAAUAAUCUCUGAAUCUUCUCCACGGAUCAUCGGCGAUUUUUGGCUUUCUGGCACGGGCUCAGGGUGCGAUUCAAAUUUCCGGUGGUGCUCUUUGGGUCGCGAUUUCGUCAACUCUGAGCUCAAGUGGAAGGCUGGACACCCCAAGGUGGGUCUCAACUGCGUUUAUCUCGAGGCGAGAAACGAGUCAGUUCUCUUGGCCACUGCUGACUGCGCCGAGCAGAAAUAUUUUCUGUGCGAGGCCAAAAAGGCGGCAAACUCCUCUCAACUCGGCACGCAGGCCGAAUGCGCUGACAUUUGGAACGUCACGAGCGAGCAAAUCGACCUCCUAUUGAAUGUCUCAGCUUUUAUUACGUCAAGUAUCUCAAUUAAUUUGAAGUGCUUCUUGAAAUGCAUGGGCGUGGAAAUUGGAUUGCUUCAAUUGGGAGGGCUUAGUGGCAUAGACAUGUUGCUGCAAAUAGAAUUAGUGUCACAGGAAGAGCCUAAGAAAAUGGAAGAUGGAUUUGGAGCUUUCGACGAGUGCAGCGGCAAAAAAUUUGAUGACGAGUGCGUGACAGCUCACGAGAUUUACAAAUGCGGCCUGGAGAAGCAACCGGACAUGGUCACAAAAAUAAUCAGCAAUAACUACGACUCAUCAUCUGUGGCUUCCCCGCCGAUUCCGGGUGUUCCUGUUCCUCGAUCUUGUUGGAUGUCGAAAAUGUUUCCCUGCGUUGCUGAUCAAAAUGCCAUCAAUAAUUUAGCAGCAAAACGUUCUGACGCUUUCGGAAGUUUAAUAGAUGUUGGAGGAAAGACUUAUUAUAAGAGAACCAUUAAUGAUUUCCCGAAAUUCAAUGUUUCCGUGCGUUUUGCAUAUCAACACUGCUGCGCACUUGGAAUGAGGCUUUUCGAACCGGCAACUCUGGCAGAUUUUGACCUGGCUAAAAGUUUUUACAAUUUGGCUUUGCAUUUAAUUGUGGGCGAGACAGAAUCCAUCAACCGAACGCAUGAGGCGUAUUGCCGCAGCCGCGUAAUAUUGGCUGACGACCUAUACAUGAACCCCACUGGAUUUAACAGAUAUCCCACAACCGAAUCGAUCUUCGGAUUCUUCACGUUCACUAAAAAAUUUACUGUCACUUCUAGGGAGAACCAAAACAUUCACGACAUGUUUCUCAAAGACGAUUAUCCCCAAAUAUAUAACUCCUUUGCUUGUGUUUAAAAAGGAUUAAUUGCAUAAUAUGUAUUAUUCUCU